AUGUGCGCUAUCCCAGACAUGAGCAAGCUUGCAGUUCCUGCUGUGCGGGGUGUGGGAGUGGGCGGUGAGGUGGGCAGAGUGGUGGGCAGGGUAGAGCUGGGCUCUGCCUCAGACGACUCCUGGGGCUCGGUGGUGGACACCGGGAACGACGCCUUGCAGCAGGUCAUGUCCUCCCCGCGCCGCGGCCAACUCGGCGGCCGGGUGAGACAGCACUGCCUCGCGGGGGAAAAAGGAAUGAGCUCCGCAGCGGCGAUGAUCGCGAUCUUCAGCUCCGAUACCUCCUGGAGCCUCAGCGCCAGUCAGGAGCUGUCACCAGAGCUGCUCAGCCCUAGGCCCCCGCGGAGUUUGGAGAUUGUGCACGAGGACCUGAGUGGUGAGUCCACCUUGGUGCCACGUCGACUUCUCCGUGGAAAGCUGCCAGAUGCCUUGCUGGAGCCCUAUGAGUUCUGGCGAGGGCGUCGCGUGGUGGGCAAGUUGAAGCAGGAGCACAGGUGCGGGGCCGGCACCGCGGUGGUGCUGGAACUGACAGAGGACCAGGCGCGGGUUCAGCGCGUUUGCCUGGAGUCUAACCGGAAAGACGAGGAGAAGCAGCUGGACCAGCUGCUGCAUGCACCCUCCCUUGCGCCGAAGGGCGACACGCUGACGCUGGUGGACCUUCUGCGUGCGAAUGCCAAGUCGGAGACCUGGGCGGUGGCGGAGUGGCUGCUGCAGCUCGAGGACUUGUCCCACAUCUUGGCCUGGGCGCAGGUGGCGAAUUCGGCGGGAGCAAUGAGCCGCGUGGAGCUCCCGCGCUUGGGCCUGAGCUUCACCGGGGAGAAGGGGCAAAUGCGCUGCGACCAGCACGGCGGCCUCAAGGUCGUGGGGCAGCGCAGCUUUCACAAUGAGCCGGGGCUAAGGAGGCUGGUCAAGCCUUUCCAGCGCUUCGUAUUGCUCGAGGACGAGAACGGGGAGCUCUUCUUACUGAGCUCCCUGGCAGACCGGCCUCGCAAAACCCAGGAUGCCAUUCGGGGGGAUGCCACUUGGCUGCGCGACUUGCGACUCGACAUGAGGCACCAGCUCUUCCGCUUGCACGCCGGGGAGUUCCUGAUCGCGGCCUCCUUGUUGGCUGAGCUCCACGUGAUGCUGCUCCGCAUCUGUCGGAAGAUGUUCUGUGAAGCCUGCAGUGGUGUCUUGGCGUGCACAGCGUCUGGACUGCCGCAGCAGCCGGAGGAGUGCUUGCUCUGGGAGGAGAUCACCUCAGCCCUGCGAGGAGAGAGCUGCAUGGGCGCCGCGGUGCUGCGCUUGAAGCUGGUGCUGCAGCUUCACCGCCAGGGCCAGGGCAUCCCUGAAGCCUGGAACCCAGAGGCGGACUUCCUCUUCUGGGCCAACCAUGGUUGGGACUCUGUGGCUGGACAUCUGUUGACCUUGGAAGAGGAUGCGGCGCUGCUGGAUCUCCUCGCUGGGAGCUCCGAGGAGGCCAAUUGGCAGCUCCGUGCCCGGUGCACCGUGCACCGCCAGCUCCUGGAGCUCUCCGCGGCCCGCGGCCACGUCUCCUGGGCUCAGAGAGCCACCGCAGGCCACGUGGUGACGCUGCAGCUCUCGGACGGGCCUGGUCCUGCAGAACGCGGAAAGCUCGCGCUGGGCGCAGUUUCCGCUGCACCGCUGCUUGCAGCGCUGGAUGCGCCCAACGAUCCCUCUGCUCCAUGGCUGGGGCAACAAGAUGAGCCAGGCACUGCCAAGCAGGGCGUGCUGGCAAUGUCGGCCCUUCUGAGGUGCCUUCCACUACGGCUCUCGCAGGAUUUCCUGCUGCUCUACGAGCUGCUUGUCGGGGCCAGGACUGUUUGGCUGCUGCCGACGGAUGACCCGAAUCUCACGGGGGAGCUUCUGGCCCGCCUCGUGGCGCCCAAGGAGCUUGCGGAGCAUCCCGCGCUGGCGGCCUUGCUUCGAAUGCUGGAAGAGAAGCCUGCGUGGAUCGACAGGCUGCCGCGGAAGUGCGGCCCGGACUUUGGGCAGCAGCUGCUGGCGGCGUUGACGGCCCACCGCGAGAUGCUGCAGCUCUCACCCUCGAGCCCCUCGCUGCCAUCCAGCUUAGCCUUCGAACGGCAAGCAGACGGCAGCUGGCAGCAAACGACGGCAUUGGGCGCAACGAAAGACGUCGUCCAGGACUCCUCCGGGGUGCCUUUGACCAACGAUGCGCUCCUGGCCGCCAUGCGCGUUAUGGGCAGCUUCGGCGAUCGCCGCUGGCCGUCCAUGACCUGGGACUUUGACUGCAGGAGCCGUUCCUUGCAGCUGGAUCCUGCAGGCACCGAAGCCUUUUGGCAAGUCUGCAAGGAGCUGCAUGAGCGUUGGCCGAGCUUGGCCUUUCCUCAGCUGGAGUCCCUGGCGUCGAAGCCUCUGACGGCCUUGGGCCUGGGCAGCUUACUGAAGACCGUGGAAGGCUCUGGCGAGGUGAAGGACGUGGCCUCCCUUCGGGCGCUGUGUGUGCAGGAGGGCCCUUGCGGCAAGAGCUCGGCGGGCCGGGCCCUGCUGAAUCGCCUUGAGUGGGACUUCCGCCACUUGGCGCAGCUCAAAGAGAUCUCCUUCCACGGCAUCACCGCCGCCUCCUCCUCUUCCGUGCUGCAGGACUCUGCGCAGCUGAAAGACUUGGAGGGCACCGCGGGCAACUUGGCGGAGGCGCUCAAGUGCACCGUGACCGAGGACAUGGAUGCCAUGUACAAAGCCAUCGAUGCGGCGCUCACCUUGGCCAACCCCAAGUUGCAGCGAGGCAGCUGUCAGAAACUGGCGGCGGGCUUGCGGAGCUUUGCAGAGCCGGCCCUGCGCUUCCAGGACGUCUUGCAUUUGCUGCUGAUCAGUGGGGGCCUGGAGCAAGUGCUGCCCCAUUUGCGACCCACCAUGGAGGCCAAGGACCUCCGGGAUCUGGGCGCAGCCACGGUGCUGGCCAUGCUGCUCGCCGGCCGAGUGUUGUUGUGCCGUCAGAGCCUCGCCGCCUUAACGCGGCUGCAGUCCUUAGCCAGGCGCUUGAACACGCACGAGGACAAGGUGAAAGACCGAAGGAAGAGCUGGUCACAGUGGGGAUCCACCGCGCUGAAGCGUCUGAGCGGCACAUUCAAGCGAGAGGACGACGAGCAAGAGGAGCAUCCCGCGAGCUCGGAGCUGUUGGAAGCGGCGCAGGAUGCGGCGAGCGCUUUGUCGGGCUCAGUGAAUAGCAUGGAGGGCAUGCGCUACGACUCGCGGCUGAUGAUCUUCGAGUUCAUCAACCGCCUGGUCUUGCGGAAGAAGCAGGUGGAUCUGGUAAGGCAGAUGCAGACUGCGGUGGAGGGCCGGAAGCCGCUGGUGCAUCAGAUGCUGAUGGGCGAGGGCAAGACCACAGUGGUCACCCCCUUGGUGAUUCUCCUGAACGGCAGCGCGCAGAGGGCCUGCGUCGUGUGCGUUCCGGCCGCCCUGACGGAGUUCACGCGCAAGGUGCUGCAGGAGAGGCUUUGCGCAACGCUGGCGCGGCCGGUCUUGGAGUUCAAAAUCAACAGGGCCACACCCGUUUCAGAUGACCAUUUCUUCAAGCUGCUACAUGCCCAAGAUGCGCGUGCAGUGCUGUGCUCAGGGCCCACAGCCUUGAAGUCCUUGCUGCUGCGCUUUGUGCUGACGCUCCAUGCCAUGGACCUGAACCGCAGCAAGGAGCAGGAGACCGAGGAGCGAGUGAAGGGCAGCUCGUUGCUGAGCCCCACCAGCUGGAAGUCCCUCCUGGGCUGGCCCGGAAGCUCCGCGAGGGGCCAGCAAGACGUGGCCUUGCAGUUCGAAGCGCGCGCUUUGGGCUGGGCCCUGGAUGUCUUUCGAGGCGCCGUGCUGCUGUUGGACGACAUCGACCUCCUAAUGCACCCGCUUCGCAGUGAGCUGCACUGGCCCUUGGGCGCCCUGCACCAGCUGGACUUCACCCACUCCGUGGAGGUUGCCCAGCAGGAGCCGGGCAUCUCCUACGUGGCCGGCAGCCCCGUGGGCGCCCGUUGGCAGUUGGCCUUCCACUUACUGGACGGCUUCUUCUCCUGUCAGCUGGAGCCUGGGCCGGCCGUGUCCAGCUUCCAAGGCGAGGCGGCGCGGCGGGUGCAGCGGCGGUUGUGGGACGCGGUGCAGCGGGGCUUGCGGCUAAAGCACCUGCAGCAGGCGCCCCACCUGGUGCUGCUUUCACCCGACUUCUACCACAAGGAGCUGCGCCCGAUUUUGGCGGACUGGGCUUUGCUGUGGCUGCGCCGGGCUCCUUUGCCCGUGGAGGAGCCCAAGCUGCGCCGCUUCCUCUGCGCUGACGCUGAGGCUGAGGAGGGGCUUCAGGCGCUGAGCGACGGGCAGCUGAAGGCGGUGCACCUGGCGCGCACCUGGCUGGCCACGCUCUUCCCCCACUUGGCCUCGCGCAUCCAUCGCGUGCACUACGGCUUGCUGGAUGAGGCGUCGCCCAGCUGGGCCGCGGAGGCGCGGCCCCGGCGCUUGCUGGCGGUGCCCUUCGUGGGCAAGGACGCGCCUUCGGACAGUUCCCAGUUCAGCCAUCCUGACGUGCUCAUCGGGCUCACCUGGCUGGCCUACCGCUUCGCCGGGCUGCGACCAGGCGACUUCCGUCGUGCCCUGCGAAGCCUCACUCGGAAGCGGCGGGAGGAUGACCGCGCGGGGAAGCUGUGGGCCGCCUGGAUCACCAAAGCGGGGGGCCACGUGCGCGGGGAGCUACUGGACACCAGCCAGGCCUCAGAGAACAAGUGCCUGGUGCUGGCGCGGGAUCACACGGAUCCGUCCUCGAAGCUGGUGCCACCGCUGGAAUGGUUGGAUAGCAGCGACACUGCGCAGAUGACCAUGGUGUUCGAAGUUCUCCAGACAUCUCCCUUCCUGAUGGAGUUCUACCUCCACGAGCUCCUCCCGCAGCUGUUGCGCCACAGCGACGCCAAGCUCUCGGCCAACGGCCAAGACCUCGGCGGCGAGGCGCUGUGCUCCUCCCGCCUGGGCUUCUCCGGGACCCCGAACGACCUGCUUCCGCAGUCUCUGGGCCGGUGCAAAUACGCGCCAGGAGACGAUGCCAAGAUGCUCAGCACCUUGAGCGAUCCGCUGGUGGUGGAGGUCACCGAUCUGGAGGAUGGUUGGAGCGCCCAGAGUUUGCUGAAACUUGUGGCUUUGCACCGGCCACCCCUCAACGCGCUCAUCGAUGUGGGCGCACUCAUCACCGGGCUCAGCAAUCAUCAGGUGGCCACGACGUUGCUGGACUAUGGCCUUCCCUUCGAGGCGGUGGUGUAUUUGGAUCGCGGGGGCUCCGCACAGCUCGUGCGCCGGGGCCUGCCGCCGGUGCUGCUGUCCAACUGCACGCUGCCCCCGGCCCGGCGAUUUGUCUUCUACGACCAGGUCCACACCACGGGCAUCGACAUCCGGCACUGCGCCCAGGCGCAGGCCGCGCUCACCUUGGGCAAGGACAGCACCUUCCGGGACUUUGCACAGGGCGCCUAUCGCCUGCGGGGCAUCGGCAAGGGCCAAGGUCUGAAGGUACUACUCACGCCUGAAGUCUCCGCGCGGGUGAACGAAGAAGUCAUUAUCCCUGCCAUGAAUGCAGGCGGCGUGCGCCGAGCGGCGUCGCAUAGCGGCGCCACAGGCCAUGCAGAGCUCGCGUUGCCGUCCUCACCUAGAAGAGGCUCUGCAGAGAGCGGCAUUGGCCAGGUGUCUUUGCUGGAUCGCGUCUGCGCUUGGUUGGUGGUGCGCCAGGCUGCGGCAGAGCAAACGCAGCGCCAGCUGCUGGCGAGGCAAUCGGUGCAGUACCAGGGCAGGCGCUGUGCCUACGAGUCCCUCAUGGCGCAGCUCAGGGGCAAGGAAGGCGCUUUGGAGAGCCACUCGCUUUUGGACCUCUUCCGUGAGCGUGUGGACUACACCGUGGAGGCGUCGCUGCAGAGCUGCUCCCUCCGCGAGCUGGCGGAGUCCGUGACCUUCGCACUGGACGCCCAAGGCAAAGAGGUGGUAAAGUCGAUCUUCAGCACGGACGCGUCGCUAUGCCGGCGUGGGGAGGAGGAGCAAGCCCUCUUCGCGGAGAUGGAGCAAGAGCACGAGCAGGAGCUCUUUGCGGAGCAGGAAGAGGAGAAGGAGCAAGAGCAGGAGGAAGAGGAAGAGGAGGAAGUGAACGAAGACUCCCCGCCCGGCGGCUGGCAGAAGUUGGCCCGGGACCCGCCGCAGAGCCCCUGGUCCCUGGCGCUGCUGCGCGCGGAGCCUUCGGAGGCCACCUUCCGCCCGGCCAAGGCCAUGGCCCUGAACUCCAACCGGGGCUCGGAAGUGGCGAACUUCCCAACAGAGCUUUGGUUCACCCAAAACUUCUACCGGGGCGGGGAGAAGACGCGGCUGCGCUGGCCCGUGGCAGUCCUCGAGUGGAUGCCGGCGCGAGAUCCGGAGCCGCAUGGUGGUAGAGUGGUCCAGGAGAAAAGCGGCGGGAGCUCGCCCUCACGUCGCACGCGGCUGACGCUGGCCUUGGAGUUGCAGGGCCUUCUGGGCAAGGCCAGCAUUUGUGCGCGUGAAGUGAAGGCGCUGCUGGCCUCCCUUGGGGUUCCCAAUGCCAAGCCACAUGAGGUGGACACGGUCCUGGAAGCCAUCGUUGCCGGGCACCCAACGCUGGCUUGCGCGACAUUGAGUGGCAGGAGCAAGCAGCGGAUGACGCCUGUCACUACGAUUGUGAUGACUACGAUCAGCAUAGCCCUUCGAACACCCCCACCAGUGCUACCCGGAUGCUGCGGAAAGCCUUAUCUCCCACCACAGUGGCAAAGGCGCUUCAGCGUUGCCAUGCCGUCGAGGCGCAGCCGGGCCGCUUCUACGCGCUGCUCAGCUUGGGCGAGGCCGAGGGCCUCAGGGCCAUCAUGCACCGGCGCAAGUUCUGGCCUGCCUCUCCUUGCCGCGGAUCCCGUGCUCUUCGCCGACCUGCGGCCGAAGGACUUGGAGCCCAAGGACAAGGACUGGUGCCUCGCGGAGCCCAGCACCACCUGCCUCGCGGAGCUGCACGUGGGCCGCUUCGACGGGGCGCAGCAGCACCGCGCGGCGGAGGAGCAGCGCGCGGCCAAUGCCUCGCCGCAGGGCGACGCUUUGGAUGGGCGGGUGCACUUGCGGCUACUGGCGCUGGUCACCACGGUCUGGCGGAACUUCGGGCGACGCCAGCUGCUACGUCAGAGCCUCAUCUGGUGCCGCCGUGGCUCUCCGCCAGGCAGCGUGUCCUGGCGGUUUCUGCUGGGCGACGCGCCCAAACGGCUACAGGCCAUGGCGCUUGCGGAGGCGGAGAAGCACGACGACGUGCUGCUGCUGGGCGGGCCUGAUGAGAUGGACUACAGCCACAUCGGGGAUGCCUAUCGCCUCAAAGUGCCCAACCCGGAGCUUCUGAAGCUGAUCAUAGGCUUGCGACGCCUUCGCCUGGAAUUGACCUACGAGUACCUGCUUAUCGCGGACGAUGACACCUUCAUCAGCUUGCCCAACGCUCUGGAGCUCACUCACCUCUUGCCCACUCGCCGCGUCUAUGUGGGCAAUAUGAUCGACACCAUCCCGCAGCGUUUCGACGAGGGCUCGGGACGGCCACUGCAGGAGUACUCGGUGAACAUGUACCUGGGCUCCCCCUCGAAGCUGCCCAUCUUUGCCCACGGCAUGGGUUUCAUGAUCUCCCAGGACCUGGCGGAGCUCCUGGCGAACCUGGGCUUCUCCCUGAAGCUCAGGGGCAACGACGAUAUGCUCUUCGGCCUAUGGUUCCGGAGUGUGGAGCGGCUCUUCUACCUCCACUACUGGCCCUGGUUUCAUGACCACAAGGACUUCGGUGGCUUGUUCGCUUUGAAGUGCGACAACUCCGCGGUGGUGGUGCACCGCAUGACUUCCGAGCGCUGGAAGGGCUUCGACAGGUUUGGGUGCCACCUCUGCGCCGAAGUCCCGCGCGAUUUCCUCGAGGAGGAGCCGCUGGAGGAUCUGGAGGCUCAACCCGAGGACUUCGAGGCCUCCCGCAGGCCACCUGAGGGCGGCGCCGGCGCCUCACCGCGCCUGGCGAUCUUGAUCUUCGGCUCCCGCUGGGAGCAGCCGCGCAUGCGGAGAUUGCAACGUCGCAGCCUGCAGCUUUGCUCUCCAGUGCCCUUCCUCUUCGUGAUGGGGGAGCUUCCUCCUGGCAAGCUCCGCGCGCGGGCACUCAAGGAGCUGCUGAGGUAUCAGGACCUGGUGCAUCUGCGGGGUCCUUUCCGUGACGGGAUCUACCCCUACGAGCACUCCUGGUCCCUGGUAGAGGAGCGCUUCGGCUCCGCGGAGUAUUUGUUGCUCUUGGACCACCGGUCCUUUGUGAACGUGCCCAAGGUCCUGCAGCUCUUGGAGCCUCUGCCUUCCGAACGGGUCUUGCAGGGCUGCUUGCUGGAAGAGUUGCUCUUCGCAGAUCAAGGAGACACCGGGCGCAGGAAGUACCUCUGGCGCCGGCGCUCGCCCUACUUCCCCCACGGUAUGGGCUUCAUUAUCUCCAAGGACGUGGCCAAGUUCCUGCAAGACAUGGCGCGGCACGUGCCACUCCGACAGGCGGAGAGCCCUGUGGACUUGGCGCUGGGCACCUGGCUGCAGCUCCUGGAGGACAUGCACUUCUUCCCUGCGGAGGAGCAUUUCCAUGAGCUGCCUUUGUCCAAGGGUCUGCUCAGCUCAGACGGCUCCGUGGAGCUCCGGCGGCCCUUGGCGCCCCAGACCGCGGUGGCCUGGCCCAUGACGCUGGGCCUCUGGCGCCGCUUUGACCCCGAAACCUGCCAGCUGGGCAACGCCUCGGCGAAGACCGCGCCGGCCAAAGAAGAUGCUCCGCUGGAGUGCUGGCGCGGUAUGGGCGGCCGACCCGAGGCCUGGUUCCUGGCCUGCUGCGAGCUGAAGUGGCAGGGCUGCUGGGGCGCGGACUUCACGGCGGAGAAGUGCUGCGGCCAGGUGCCGCACACCCAGCUGCCAGGGCGCCUGGACGUGAGCGCCUUGGCCAAGUUCCUGCGCUUCAGCGACGCGGAGCUCCAGCUCUUCUUGGCAGGGCUAGGCGAGCUAGAGGAGAACACGACGAAAGGAGCGCUGGAGCCACGAUUUCCCUGCCUGGCACCGGAGGAUUGCGCCAAGGAGGGCUUUGCGAGGCUCUUCCAGGGCAUGUGGCGGAAAGGCGCGCUGCCUCUGCGCCAUCCCUGGUUUGUGAAGAAGGAGGACCACCUGGUGGCGGUGCUUUGGAAGCUCCGAGAGGAGAACGACGGGCGUCACCCGCAAGGCCACGAGCACAUCUUGGAGCGCCUGCAGCUGGGGCACUUUUUGUCCCAGGUGGCCAAGCGGAUGCCGGAGCUGCCCCCGAAGCGACGGUGCCUCGAAUGGGAUUCUGGGAGCUACUCCCGGCACUUCUUCGGGGACUUUUGCCAGGUGGUCGAUGUGGUCACCUACAAGGGCGAUGACAUCGCAGAGCUCCGGGAGAACGCCGGGGGCAAGCGGGACUACUUUGUGGACAUCCAUAUCGCCCACCAGGUGGUGCCCGAGAACUCCACGGCGCUGGUGGUGUGCGCCCAGGUCUUUGAGCACCUGCAGCGGCCCACCGUCGCCAUGCAGCAGAUCUUUCGGCUGCUGGCGCCCAACGGGUACCUGGUCUUCUCUGCGCCUCUCUUCAGUCAGAUCCAUGGCGCUCCCCAGGACUUUUGGCGCUACACCCCGAGCGGCGCGCGGGUCCUGGCGGAGGACGCCGGCUUUGAGGUCUUGGAAGUCUAUGCGCCUGGCACCCUGCGGGAGACGGCAGGGUACUUGCUGGGCCUCACGACGCCUUACUGGCACCAGGAGGACUUGCUCCGGGACAGCAACUCCCACUGGCCUUUGCAGGUGUAUAUGCUGGCCCAGAAGCCGGACGGAGUCGAAAAAGAUUGGCCCGGCUGCGAGGCGGCGCUGCGGGUGCUGCGCCGGGAGCCUUUAGGUCUCAGCUUGCUGGACACCACGUCCAAUUACCAGGCGGCGCCCUUCGGGUGGCACGAGGCGCGGCUGGCGCAGUGCCUGGCCUUCCUCGGGGCGGAGGCGCGCGCCUUCGCCUUCGCGAAUUCGCGUGGGCCGGGCUCGGAGACCCUUCGGUCGAGCCACGAGCUGUGA